CAUGAGAGCAUAAGUAAGGCAGCUUGUCAAGUAUUUCCAGAAAUCACACAUUGCUAUUGUGUAUACCACCUGUUAAGCAACCUAAAAGCAACCUUCAAGAAGAAUGCAAGCAAGCUGGAUAAACCAUUCUUCGCUGCAGCCAGAGCAUACACAGAGAGGAAAUUUGAAUACCAUAUGAGCGAGUUGGACAGCUUGGACAUCCGUGUAAGACCAUAUUUACAACAAGUUGGAUACCACAAAUGGUCAAGAUACCACUGCAAAAACAACAAGUAUUCAACUAUGACUUCAAACAUUGCUGAAUCUCUAAAUGCAGCAAACUUGGCAGCUAGAGAGCUACCAAUCACAACACUGAUGGAGUCAUUGAGAGCAUUGAUUCAACAAUGGACAUACACAAACAGGAAAAAAGCACAGAAAAUAACAACAUUUUUAACACCUACAGCAGAGAAGAAAUUAGUCGACAACUUUGUGGACUCAUUGACAGAAAAUGUAAAACCAAUAAACGAGACCAUGUUCGAAGUCGUUGAACUAACCAGAUCAUGGGUCAUCAACCUCAAGGAGAAAACAUGCAGUUGCAACAGAUUCCAACUUGAUGAGUUACCGUGUGCUCAUGCGCUUGCUGUUAUAAAAGAGAUGAACUUGAAUGUUUACAACUACUGUUCAGGUUAUUACACCACGCGAACAUGGCUUGAAACAUACAGCGGCUCAACAUAUCCGGUACACAAUCACACAACUUGGGAUGUGCCACAAAACAUAAAAGAUAUCAUUGUUCUGCCACCAAACCAAAAAAUAAGAUCUGGAAGACCAAGGAAACGAAGGUUUUUAUCUGAAUGGGAUACAAAAAAACAUAACAGGUGCAGCAAAUGUGGACAACACGGACACAAUCGAAAGACAUGCAACAAUCAAGCAAUAAAAUAGAUACAUAUGAAAUAUUUGAAUUGUUUAAUUUUGUGUGCAAAUUCAAACAGGUUGAUCUGUGAUGUUCUAAAUACAUGGGAUUUCAUUUUUAUGAAAUUUGAAACAGUUUUUUAAUAGUUUCAAAAUCGUUUUGUUACA